AUGGCCAGCGCACUACAACAGGCCACGCAGAAUCUGCUCGCCAGAGCGCAUUCCCCCGACAGCGUGAAUCGCAUAUACUCGGAAAAGAUCCAGCAUCGCUCGCUCAUCCUGCGACCAACCUCUCCUCCACCUUCCACAAUCAACGCGCGAGCCGCACGUCGAAAAGCUCGCCAAGAUAAAAAGGAGAAGCAGAAGCAGAGACCCAAGCCGCUAUCGUCUCGAGAGAAGCGAAGCCUGGGCCUUCAUGACAUACCUAAGGAUGGCCAAAAAUAUCACAUCUAUGAGCCUCUGAGUCAAAUGUGGCUUGGAUAUGCUCGAGAGCUACUUGGGAACGAUCUUUCGACUGGAGGGCCCAGUGCAGCAGCGAAACUAGCCAGCGCUGAGUUUCAUGGUGCUCCUAUUCAAGUUGUUCGAAGCCAUUGCCCCAGUCGAGUCGGCAUUCAAGGUGUUGUCGUCCGCGAUCGCAAGUUUGUCUUCGAGAUUAUAACCAAGAAAAGAGGGGUCAAGGUUGUUCCCAAGGAAGGCACUAUUUUUCGAAUCGAAAUACCGAUCGCCGAUGGAGCCUCUGAUGGCGAGAGCGGGCCAACCAAAAAGUUUGCUUGCGAAGUUCUCGGAGAUCAGAUGAUGUUAAGGGCGGCAGAUCGCGCAAACAAGAAGUUCAAAGCACAUUUUCUGUCGAAUAUUUGA